AUGCAGUCAGGAUGUCCAGUGUUGUCCCAUGUGGGGUUGGAGAGGGGAUCAAUUGUCAGAGUUCGCAUAAUCCACAUUCUGUUGAGUGACGCUGAAUAUGUUCUUCUUCUACAGGGAUAUAUCAUCCAAGCUGAGCCAGAAUAUGCCUGUGAGCUAAUCGCACCCCCACCCAUAAAAGAUAACAAGACAAUAUUCUUUGCUCUGAUACGCCGAUUUGAAUGCAACUUUGAUAUCAAGGUGCUACAUGCCCAGCAGUCCGGAUAUGACGCUGCUAUCAUUUACAAUGUGGGUUCAGACAAACUCCUGAACAUGGCAUGGAAUGACGAGCACAUCCGCCUCGAGAUUUCCAUCCCGUCUGUGUUCAUCGGGGCGACCGCUGGCCGGAUCCUGCUGGAGGAGUUCUCCUACUAUGACAAUGCUCACGUCUUUCUCCUCCCAGAAUAUAACCUCAACUUUGGAUAUUAUCUCAUCCCUUUCAUCGUGGUGGUGGCCAUUAUAUUCAUAGUCAUGUCUGUGGUCAUGGUGGUCCGCUGCGUACAGCACAGGAAGAGGAUGCGCCGGAACCGCCUGUCUAAAGAUCAGCUGAAGAAGAUCCCCAUUCAUAAAUUUAAGAAAGGAGACCCAUAUGAAGUGUGUGCCAUCUGCCUUGAAGAAUACGAAGAGGGUGACAAGCUUCGCGUCCUCCCAUGUUCUCACGCAUACCACAGCGGUUGUGUGGACCCCUGGCUGACCAAAACCAAGAAGAACUGCCCAGUUUGCAAGCACCGCGUCCUUCGAUCUGAGGAUGAUUCAGACUCUGAGGGAGGGGGAGAAGAAACCAGCGAGGGCGGACGGGGAGAUGAGAGUGACAACGAGCGCACCCCUCUGUUGAGGCCCUCCCCGUCCUUUGGGAGCAUGGCGGAAUCUCCACCCGCCCAGCAGGGGGAGCAGGAGCAGGAGGAAGCAUCCACUUUGGCAGUCGCUGUGUGA